CACACCGCGUCAUGGCUGCGGAGGAUGCGGCCGCGCGGCCCCGGUCCCGGUCCCGGUCCCGAGCCCCGCGCCCCGCCGCCGGGGGGGGGGUCUCCGCUCUCUCCCUCCCGCCUGCUGCUCUCCCUGGCCGCCUGCUGGCUGCUCCCCGCCCCGGCGCUCGGCGGCCUGCUCGGCUUCCGGCCGGAGGAGACCGGCGCGGAGCUGUCCGUGGCGGACGGGGUGCUGAAAGCCACCGAGGGGACCCGCUUCAUGCUGCGGGUCUACUACUCCAGCUCCCCGCAGAGGCUCAACCGCACCGCAGCCACCCGCGCCAACAACGCCGCGCCCUGGAUCGCCUUCAUCGAGGAGCCGAGCCCCGGGCGCGAGGGCCAAGUCCACCCGAAGCGGAACAUGUGCGUGGACAAGAACAGCAGGACGUCCGACAUCGAGGUCCUGGGCUCCUUCAAGUCCGCGUCCAGUCAGAACUCGGUGCUGGUGGAGCUGCUGGCCAAGAACCUGCGCCGCGGGGAGAAGAUCAAGUCCUACUCCAUGUGCGCCUUCGACGGGUCCAAGUGGGUCCACUACCGGACCCGGGACUUCUGGGUGGCGGUGGUGGAGCGCGCGGCCCCCCCGGAGCUCUGGCGGCAGGUGCUGGUGUCCGUGCUGCUGCUCGGGCUCUCCGCGCUGUUCAGCGGGCUGAACCUGAGCCUGCUGGCGCUGGACCCGGUGGAGCUGCAGGUGCUCCAGAACAGCGGCACCGUGAAGGAGCAGAGUUACGCGCGGAAGAUCGAGUCGGUGCGCCGGCACGGUAACUACGUGCUGUGCACGCUGCUGCUGGGCACCGCCAUCAUCAACGCGUCGCUGGCCGUGUGGAUGUGCCAGAUCCUGGGCAUGACGUGGCUCUCCACGGUCAUCUGCGCCUUCGGCAUCUUCUUCAUCGGGGAGAUCCUGCCGCACUCGGUGGCGUCGCGCCACGGCCUCGCCAUCGCCUCCAAGACCAUCUGGGUGACGCGGCUGCUGAUGGUGCUCUCCUUCCCGGUGUCCUACCCCAUCAGCAAGCUGCUGGACCUCAUCCUCAACCAGGAGAUCUCCAACUUCUACACCCGGGAGAAGCUGCUGGAGAUGCUGCGCGUGUCCGACCCGUACCACGACCUGGUGAAGGAGGAGCUGAACAUCAUCCAGGGCGCGCUGGAGCUGCGCAGCAAGACGGUGGAGGACGUGCUGACGCCGCUCAGCGACUGCUUCAUGCUGGCCUCCGACGUGGUGCUGGACUUCAACAGCAUGUCGGACCUGAUGCAGAGCGGCUACACCCGGAUCCCGGUGUUCGAGAACGAGAGGUCCAACAUCGUGGACGUGCUGUUCGUGAAGGACCUGGCCUUCGUGGACCCGGACGACUGCACCCCGCUGAAGACCAUCACCCGGUUCUACCGGCACCCGCUGCACUGCGUGUUCAGCGACACCAAGCUGGACGCCAUGCUGGAGGAAUUCAAGAAGGGGAAGUCUCACCUCGCCAUCGUGCAGCGCGUGAACAACGAGGGCGAGGGCGACCCGUUCUACGAGGUCAUGGGCAUCGUCACCCUGGAGGACGUCAUCGAGGAGAUCAUCAAGUCGGAGAUCCUGGACGAGACCGACCUCUACACCGACAACCGGACGAAGCGCCGCGUGUCUCACCACGAGAGGAAGCAGCAGGACUUCUCCAUCUUCAAGCUGUCGGAGGACGAGAUGAAAGCCAACGUCUCUCCGCAGCUUCUGUUGGCGACGCACCGCUUCCUGUCCACAGAGGUGGAGCCCUUCAAGCCGGCUCACAUCUCAGAGAAGAUCCUGCUGAGGCUGAUCAAGCACCCCGCCGUGGUCCAGGAGCUCAAGUUCGACGAGAGGAACAAGCGAGCGACGCAGCACUUCCUGUUCCAGCGCAACAAACCGGCGGACUACUUCAUCCUGGUCCUGCAGGGUCGAGUCGAGGUGGAGUUCGGUAAGGAGGCGCUGAAGUUUGAGAACGGAGCUUUCUCGUACUUCGGGGUUCCCUCCAUCAUGCCGGCAGUCCACCGGUCUGGCAGCAGCGAUCUGGACCGCUCCGAGUCCAUGCUGUACGGAGGCAGCCUGGGCCAGCUGAACGGGGGGGGCAACGUGUACCUGCCAGACUACUCCGUCCGACAGCUCACACACCUGCAGAUCAUCAAGAUUACCCGGGGCCACUACCAGAACGCUGUGACAGCCACCCGGAUGGACACCUCCCCUCAGACGCCCGAUGCCGACGCCUGCCUGGCAGGAGGCCCCGCCCCCACCACCACCACCACCCUCAUGCCCCCACCCAGGGAGACCGGCCGGCCCAGCUCGGCCCGGACCCGAGGACAGCAGUCCAGCGUCCCACACAGCACCUCGCUGCAGCACAAGAAGAACCGCAUCGUCCGCAGUAAGUCCGAUGGACAGAAGAGUCCCAGUGACUCGGUGUUUCUCCGGCUGGAUGAGAUCCCGUACAUCAGGCAGCACCGAUGUGAGGGCGACGCCCACACGGACACGGCCUCCGUUCCCAUGGAAACGGACACCUCUCCUUUCAUCAGCAGCCUUUCGCUGAGCGGCUCGGAGGAAACGCUGGGCAAGAAACUCCUGCUGAAACUCAGCCACAGGAAGAGGAAAAAAUCCCGCGAAGGAGAGAAGACGCCGGAGGACAUUUCCGACGAGCCGCUGGUGAAAACCUAGCGGCCGCGAGACGGAGCCGAACCUGAACGCACCGCCUGACGGUUCUGCUAGUUGUUCGUGAAGAACCGACGAGGUCGACGAACGACCGCUAUCAGAGUUUUAUCUGAGAACAACACACACACAUACACACACACACACACACACCCUCACUAGACGCCAUUCUUCUCGUUGCUGUGUGUUCAGGAAUGACGACGGGGAUCAGCGCUCCAAUGGAGCGAUGGGAAUAACGAUGGAAGACACCAAAGAUGUUUUGUACAUAUUGCUCCAGAUGUGCACAGAGGGACGGUUCAACCUCAUGUCAAGAAGAUGAAGAGGGGAAUGUGUUGUUGUGCCAUGACGUCAAUUUAAAAGAUAAUUUUGCAAGUUAAGAAAAAGUUGCAGCAUUUAGUUUUGAGAAAACUGCAUCCUCUCUCCUGACCACCAGGGGGCGACUCCUCUGGUUGUAUAGAAGUCUAUUCUUCAUGUGUUAAAGCUGCAUCCUCUCUCCUGACCACCAGGGGGCGACUCCUCUGGUUGUAUAGAAGUCUAUGUGUCGUGUUAAAGCUGCAUUCUCUCUCCUGACCACCAGGGGGCGACUCCUCUGGUUGUAUAGAAGUAUAUGCUUCAUGUGUUAAAGCUGCAUUCUCUCUCCUGACCACCAGGGGGCUCCUCUGGUUGUAUAGAAGUCUAUGCUUCAUGUGUUAAAGCUGCAUUCUCUCUCCUGACCACCAGGGGGCGACUCCUCUGGUUGUAUAGAAGUCUCUGCUUCAUUAAAUGAUGGUCAUUUAGAGUCAAAUAAAAAGAUUUUUCUUUUUUGUACUUGUUCCUAAACCUAAAUGAAUAAUUACUGAAAUGACCUCAUACCAUUAUUAAAUUAAUUUGUUUUUAAACCUUAUUCAAACAAAACAUAAAGUCUGUGGAAUAUUUCCCAGAACCACUGAAUAUUAUUUGUGUCCUGCUGCAUGAUGAACGUGAGCUGACGGCUUCUUGAGGAGCUUCUGGAUGCAAAGCUUCAGCUUCUAGAAACCGCCGAUGCUUUUAUUGGUUAAAUGUUUGUCUUCUUUAAUUCAUUUUUUUUGCUGCAGACAUUUUGGAAAACGCUUAAUACAAAUGUUCAGAGAGAAGGUUGUGGAGGAAGAAGUCUUUAUAUUUGUCUUUGUUACAACGCU